AGUGUAGGUACACGUUAUUUAAUAGUAGCUUAGACAUUUAACUAUUCUGGUACAUUUAUCAGUCAGUGACGCCACUCUUUAAUAGUCCCUCGUGCACAAGGCUACAGAGCACGGCCGGUUGUGGUGUCAACAUGGGAAGAGCGUCAAAGUAGGGAGAGCAGGAAGUUAGCUAACAGGUAGUCAUCGGUCGAAAAGGGGGAAGCCUCAAGCCUUAUCUCCGUUAUCUUCCAUGGCAGCUCCCUGGUCAUACUCAGACGGCUACCAUGUGCAGCUGCAGAGAGACUCCCAGUUCCUGUGUUCAGACCAGAGGAUGCACACUGAGCUGGUGGACAAGCUGGUGCUGCAGCUCAACAGGAUCUACCCUCAGAUACUGACUGACAAGGAGGCCCAGAGGUUCAGGAACCUGAGUGUGCCCACUGUGGUGCGAUUGGCUGAGCUGUUGGUGCACCUGCAGGGGAAGGGAGAGGAGGCGUGUCAUGAGUUCUACAGGGGGCUUCAGAUCCACGCCUACAAUGUCUAUUUCAACCUGCCUACCAGAGUCAGCCGCAGAAGAGAGCCUGCAGACCCAAUGGGGACUAACACUGUGGCCCGCCGCAUGGAGAGAUAUGUACUUAAUGACAGGGGACCUCUGUUCUUCCUGAGUUGCUUUAGCCUUGCAGUGGGCUUAGCUCUGCUCUAUUAUUAUGGAGAGGGUAAUUUGAGUGCUACUGGUCCAUUUCUGAGCUUCUCAGUGCUGGGACUGGGCAGAGGGACCAGUGAGGUUCUCCUAGCCCACGCCAAGGACGGAUCCAAAAUUCAAUAAGGCCAUAUUCAGUGGAAAAUGCUAAAACAAUUAUCUUUGCAAUGCCAAACAUUUACCUGCAGGGGGAACUAAAAUGGUGCUAUUUAAAAAUAUAUUUGUACAUACUUGUAAGUAGUAUUGUAUUUGAACAGUACCCCUGCAUUUUUAAGUGAAAAUUUGACUUAUUCAUUGAAUAUGUCUUUGUAUAAUCAGACAUAGUGCCUCCAUGCUCUUUGUAAGAGUGUCAUAUAGGCUUUCUUAAACAUCACAGGGAAUCAAAAUGCCCUGGUUAACUUAAUCUGAACCUUUAAUUCUGGAUUAACUUGAAAAUCCUUAAAUAUUUCAUUUGAAGUUCUACAGCUCAGUCCAAAUGGAGGGCCUUUUUACUGAGGGAAUGGAUGACUUUUAAACAUCAGGAGUGGAGGAAGACUGUAAGUCUGUACUGUACCCCAGUUUGAAGUGAAAGACUGAAAGCCUAACCAGUCUGUUGUUUGAAUGUUGUCACUGUGUUGUCAUACUACAUUUACAUGCUACAGUUUCUGAGUGUCCUUAGCAUCACAUCCAUUUUCACCGCUCAGUGCCUUCUAACACUGUGAUUGACAGUCAACAGCUUAUUCACAGUCUCCAAGUCAACCUCACACUACCCCUUGCAUGUCUUCACAUGUAGUUGCACUGAGAGACUGACAAUUACAGCUUGUUUCUAUCCCAUUGUUAACAGAGAACUGAGGAAUAUCACCAUAAUAAACUAACAUAAUUCUUA